AACGGAAGUCUCCAGUCAGGUAGAUGGACAGCAGUGGGUUCCGUUGACUUCGGUGACUCUACGCUGACUCGUCGUAGACGUUUGUUCGGCUUGGGUCCGUGUGGGUUGGGUCGGUGCUUCACAGUCAUCUCCUUACUUAUACAGAAGGAACUAUGGCGGCCGCGGAUCCCCGGUCCUCGAGUGACGGCGGGCCGGCCAGCCGAGGAGGCUUCUCGGCCGGGGAGAGCGGCAACAACCGCGACGGAUCGGGCGGCGGCAGCGGGGAAGGCGAACGCGAGCGGGACCGGGCCACGUUCGAGUGCAACAUUUGCCUGGACACUGCCAGGGACGCCGUCAUCAGCAUGUGCGGCCACCUGUUCUGCUGGCCCUGCCUUCACCAGUGGCUGGAGACGCGGCCCAGCAGGCAGCAGUGUCCGGUGUGUAAAGCCGGCAUCAGCAGGGAGAAGGUCAUUCCACUGUACGGCCGAGGGAGCUCCACCCAGGAGGACCCCAGGUUGAAAACUCCACCUCGACCUCAGGGACAGAGGACAGAACCAGAAAGCAGAGGCGGAAUGUUCCAGGGUUUCGGGGACACCGGCUUUCACCUGUCUUUCGGCAUCGGCGCUUUCCCCCUGGGCUUCUUCACCACAGCCUUCAACACCAACGACCCCUUCCACAGAGCAGACCAGUAUGUAGGCGACCAGCAAGCCAAUGGCAACCUCAACAAUGGCAAUAACAACUGGCAGGACUCCCUCUUCCUGUUCGUGGCCAUCAUCUUCUUCUUCUGGCUGCUGAGCGUGUGAUGGAACAGGAGCACGAAACAAAACUAACCUCUCACGAACGAACUAGACACACACUCAUGACACAUUUCCUCGCAGGUACCAGCUCGGGAGAGAGAGCGGAGCGUUGCGUUUGUUCCCAAAAAGAAAUGCAGACGUCGGGUUUUCUUGUCCUCCCUGCAGAUUCACUUUAGGAUGUGCAGCCACAGUCGUCCGCACGCUUCAUUGGUUUUGUUUGUGCAAGAAAAAGUAGUGUUGCGUGAAUCCCAGAAUAAGUCACGCCAGCCCUUCCUCUCUACAUGCACCUGUAGAUAUAUGCACAAAAACAAAGGUGGACACUUAAGCUAAAAUGGUUCACAGACAGUAUUAAGCGGUCGAGGUUUGAAGCUAGUAAUUUUUCCUUUUGGUGUUGAGCAGCAGAAGAGAAGUGGGUGGAGGAUAAUUCGAGGUGGUGACUAAUUCUGUUUUGGUUUUCACACCCGUCUUGAAGGAACCGCCAGUCAGUCCCUUAGACCCAGAGGGAGGCACAUUGUGGAGCGUUUCCGGGGUACAGAAUAAUUGAGGGUGCAGCAGCAGCUGUUUCUUACUCUGAAGGCCAAAGAGUAGCAGAGACGGUGGGAGGGUCGCUGCUGUAAACCUGGGAGCUGUGAUUUUAGAGGCGAGCGUGCUCCCAGAGCCUGCGUCUUAAAAUGAAAUAACACUGAAGGAUGCAUUUUUUUUUAUAUUAUACAAUUGUCUUAAGAAGAAACUGCCAUCGCACUGUGACGUCGUUUGUAUUUGCUGAAUCUGUCCCAAUGAUUAAUGUGUCUGCUGACGUUGAACUGCCUGUCGCUUCCUUCCCUGCAGAGCUCCACACAGGGAGGUACGUCCCUAAAAGGUACAGGCUGGCAGUUCGGGUGAUCAGACUUGUGUCACGGUUGUCUGUGCGAGUGUGUGUACAUUAUAUAUUUGUAUAUACAACACUGUAAAUGCUGUUUGUGCUUGUUUCUGACUAACGACCAGCUGGAUGAGGACAAGGCGUAGAUGGAGACACUUUUGUAAAGUGAGAAAGUGAUGUCAAUUUUCAUACUUUGUUUUAAUUUAAAACGGCCCAAAUUAAUAAUGACCAUAAAGUUUAAUAAAUGUCACAAGCAAAAAAGUG